UCUUUGAAUAUUUUUGUUUUUUUAUGAAACGAUUCGUUGAAUAAAGAAAAAGCUUUCAAAAAUCAUGAUUUUGAUGGUCGAGUUAGGUUUUUUACAGUUGCCCAAGUUGAUAUCUUGAUUAUAAUUGGAAUAAAAGAUUGGGUUACUAGAUUGUGGUUCUAAUUUGAUAUGGGUUUGGAAAGAUUCAGUCAUUGAAGUGUUGAACAGGAAAUUAGAUUACGAUUAACUGGGUCAGGAUUAUAAGAAGUAGCAAACCUCAAAAGCUGGGAAAAAUGAAGCAACAUUCUCAAGAUUAAACUUUAACCAGUUAUUGGAUUAGAGUUUGAAAUCCAAUCUUUGUGUUUGAUUGUGAAAGGAGUCUUUCUUAUUGCGUUAAAGAUGAAAUUUUGAAUCAUGGUAACUUUGGUAACAUAAAAAGAUUGGAUCUUGUUGAAUUUCUGAUCACGUAGCAGGAUUUGAGAAGUUCUGAAGAUUAAGAAGGUCUUGAGUUAUGGCAUUGCAAGAGAAGUUAGAUAGAUUUAAUAAGCAGCAGGAGAAGUGUCAGUCGAUGCUCUCUAACAUUGCAGCUAAAUCAACAUCUUCUAGGGCCACCACAACCCCAAAACCUGCACCUGUGGCUGCCUCACCUUUUCCCGGUGCAAAACCUCCUGCUCCUGUCAAAUUCUCAAAUGAUACCGAGAGGCUUCAGCACAUUAACAGCAUUCGGAAAGCUCCUGUUGGAGCUCAGAUGAAGCGUGUUAUUGACAUUCUGUAUCAGACAAGAAAAGCAUUCACACCAGAGCAGAUAAAUGAAGCAUGUUAUGUUGAUGUGAACGGCAACAAAGAUGUCUUUGAGGGCUUAAGGAAAAACCCAAAAGUUAACUAUGAUGGGAAGCGCUUCUCUUACAAGGCCAAGCAUGAUGCAAAAAACAAGAAUGAACUUCUUGUCUUGAUUCGGAAAUAUAUAGAAGGUAUUGAUGUUAUUGAUCUCAAGGAUGCGUACCCAAAUGUGAUGGAGGACUUGCAGGCUCUGAAAGCUUCCGGUCAGAUUUGGCUGCUAUCGAAUUUUGACUCUCAGGAGGACAUUGCCUUCCCAAACGAUCCCAGGGUACCUAUUAAGGUGGAUGCUGACCUUAAAGAGUUAUUUCGGUCUAUCGAAUUGCCCCGGGACAUGCUUGACAUUGAGAAAGAUCUCCAGAAGAAUGGAAUGAAACCUGCUACCAACACAGCAAAAAGGAGGGCUGCUGCACAAGUGCAGGGCAUUUCCUCCAAGCCCAAACCCAGGCAGAAAAACAAGGAGUUCUCCAAGAAGGCAAAGCUAACAAAUGCACAUCUUCCAGAACUUUUCCAGAAACUCAAAAAUACUUGAAGCCAGAAACUGAUUUGCAUUGGAGUCAGUUGGGCUGCUGCCGUAUUUACAAGGGUUCUAACCGUUAUUAAUGGUUAAACCAGUACAAUGAAACCUAUAUAUAUGUGGUAUAUAAACUACUAGUCUCCAACAAUCAUUACUACUCCCCUAUCUCUUCUCGAGAAUGCUAUUCCACUCAAAGAUGUAGACUUCGUGAAUCCUACUAAAUUGAAAUGAGGGCAAUUGGCCUGGAGUAAACUCAAUUCUUUGUUUUCAUUUUUAUUUAUAUAUAU